AUGUCGAACACGGUCCCACCACACUAUGUGCGGUUGAGGCGACAAAAUUUGACCAUUUUCCUUCACUGCGAUGUGAACCACGACACCGUUCAGGCGAUUAAGGAGCGGUAUGAGAAGUUGACUGGCCGCCUCUUCUACACCGUUAGACUCUACCUCGGCCGGCAGAGCCUGGACGAUUUCUCCACGCUCUACAACUGCGGUAUUGAACACGAGGGCGCUGAGCUCAUUGUGGUGCAUUCGAAGGCAUUAAAGACGGACGGCACCGGUGAGUAUAUUUGGGAGGAUUUGGAGGAGGCCACACAACUCCCACAACCGUCAAGGGAAGAAGCAAAGGAGACAAAAGAGGGAGGGACCUCUUUGGGGUCUCGUGAAGGAGGCGAGACUGCCGGAGAAGGCGGCAGUGCGUCACUUUUGACACGUCCUGAGGAGAAAAGUUACAUCUCUUUUGAGCCCAACGUCGGUUUUGUUGGGGUGUGA